AUGGGGGUCGUGGUCGAGCAGGUCGAGCAGGUCGAGCAGGUCGAGCGCGUCGACGAGGUGAUGCACGAGCGAUGCACGGCCUGGGUUGGAAGGCAAUGCAUCUGCCGCGUCGACCAACUGUUGCGAGUGGAUGUAGGCGACCCUGCGCUGUCCAACAACACGGUCGGUCGUGCUCAUCCGACGCGGUGCAGUGGUCGGUGCAGCGGAACAAGCGGAACAGGCUGAACAAGCUGAACAGGCUGAACAGCUGAUCGGGAUCUGAUUAGCCCCACAGAUUUCCGAUUUCAAAAAAAAACUCGUAAUCUGAAAUUGCGCCACGAUGACGCGUGA